AUGAAUAAAAGUUCUAACAUAAAAGUUGCGUCGGCAAUACUGAACUGUAUUUUAGCGCGACAGCUAUGUUUCGAAGAUCCCUCGUGUUCGGCUAUUUUAGAAAUAAUACCGAGAGUAUGUGGGCCUAUACCAGUUUCAUGCAGUACAGUCACCGUGACAAAAUGUCAAGCCGCCUUAAGGACACUACAAGCCUUUCAGUUCUUUCGUCCAACCUGCCUUUGUAAAGAGCCUGGAAUGGAUCCGGAUUGUAAUCAUUUCCGGGAUUUUCUUUUCGAUCAUCCAUGCGGAUUUGUGCUUAAAAAAGCCGAAAAGGAUCCAUAUCCCAUAGAUGCAUUGCCAACGUGCAAUCACGCACUAUCUGUGUGCCAGCAGGAGCGUAAAUGCCUGAAGCUUUUCGAGGAUUUCAAAGCGCAUUGUAAAGUGAGAGACAAUAAGUGCAAAAUGGAAAACAGAGAUGCGUGUCACGACUCGUGGACGAAUUUACGCCUCUCGCCCAUGUUCGGCUGCAUAUGUCCGAAUAAUCAUAUGAAAAAACGCUGUGAUCGUAUAUUUAAUAUUGUUAAUCACAAUCCAUGUGUGGAUAGAUUAAUAUUCUUCCCGGAUGGUGCCAUACCGAAAUUUAAACAAAAACAAAAGCAACACCAUAACCGCACAACUACAACAUCAUCAUCUUCAUCAGCAUCCUCUGCAGCGAUAGCCGCCAAUGCCACCGGUCAUCAACUUUCGAAUAAUAUCGCCUCGGACGAUGAGGAUGAGGAGGACGAUUACGAUGAUCGCAUUCGCGCUGAAAUCUAUUCAAAUUAUCCGCAUUAUCUGCACCCACCGUCUUGGGGUCUGAACAAUCCGCUGGUAUUGGCCUCACACUCACCGCACACAUACGACGAUGAAGAUGAAUCAAUGCUGGAAGUGCCGGAGCAAAAGCAACAAUGGCAGCGCCAACAAAUGGCACACAAAACUGCCAAAGAUAUUGGUGGUGCUGUUGCUGCUGGUGGUGUUGAUGGUGAUGAUGUUGUGGUGCUGUUGGACACCGAUAACACUGGUCGUCACUUUGCCGGUCUCGGCGGUAGUGGCGGUGUUGGUGUUGGCAUUGGUUUCGGUUUGUCGUCCGGUGUGUUUGAUGAGUCCAUAACGGAGCAUAGCAAUAGCGGCGGCGGCGGCGGCGGCGGCGGCGGCAAUCACGGCACGCAUCGCUUGCACGAGUAUAUUGAUGGUUUCACUUUUACCGCAUCACCGACUAUCGCAUCCGCACCAGAAUCUGCACUUCCGGCACCACCGACACAUUUGCACCACAACAAAAAGCACCAAAAAACUGCAAUUUCAAGCACAAAUUCGCACAAAAGUAUGCAUCCUAGCGACGAAAUAACCACCGGCAGAGAUAAAUUAUCCCACCGUUCACGCACCUAUAAUGGUGACAGCAUGGAUGAGAGAGUCAGAAUAAUGGGCAUGGACGAGAAAUUGCAUCUGAAAAUGUUCGAAGAUAAUCUGGCGCUCAUUGAUACGCCUCUCAUAGCGACAGCGACGAGCACCCACUAUCCGGGCACGGUGACAACCUCGUUGCAUACGCUGCACGGCAUACUCUUGUACCCCUUCAAUGUGAGCGACUUCCAGCAGCGUCACGCCGCACCAGCUGUCCAUGAGACCGCCGCCGGCGCUCUAGAUGUCAUCGACACUGGCAACUCGUACGGCUACGAUCAGGCAACUGGACAUAGCAGUCAUGGCCAUAGCCACGGCAGCGCCAGCGGCAAUGUUUACUAUCAAA